AAGCCAGGGACGCGCCGAGUGAACGCGCAGAAGGAUUGUCUGCGUUUACUUGAGUGACCUACUUCUUAAUUAGUACCCUUGAUAAAGUUGGAUGUAAUACCGAAGUAAGGGCGUGAUUGAAGUAUUGAUUGCUGGAUUGAUAUUGUGAGAUAGCGGCGUGGUAGGGGAAGGAGAGAGGAAGAUUUGUAGGUGGCGCUGGCGCUCAACCCAACACGGAGUUGCUUGAGGCCAGUUUUGGAAUGCCAAGGUUAUAUUGGUUAGUUAUGUGAGUGCUUGUACCACGGGCAUCGUCACACCUCACACAUGUAAUGUUCACGCUCUCUUGACCUACGUGAUAAACCCGUAGGCCCGCUGCCUCCAGUGAAGUGAAUUCCCCAGUAGCAAAGUAAAGGGACACAGCCAAAAUGACAUCAAUAGGAAAAUUUGUUCUCAGCUGAUGUAUUCUUUGCUGUAUUAACAAACACAGUGAUAAACACAGGUCAACAGAACUGUUUUGGAUGAGUCUAAUUGUGUUGGAGUGUGGUGUUUAAGGAAAUGUCAUCAUGGAAAAAUUUGGCACUUAGCCAGAAAUGAGAAUGAAGAAAAAAUGAGUGUUGGUUGCUUCUCUAUUCUUAGUAAGUGCUCCUCACUUAACGACAUACCUGUUUAACGACCGCUCAGACUUACGACCAGCUCUCCGACCAGUGUACUUUACAGCUGAGUUGUUGAAGCGAUGCCAGGAUUGCGGUCGCUGGUAGCACGGAGGAGGUCUUCCCUGGCAUCUCCACCUUAUGUCUCCAGCCCCAGCCCCAUACCACUCAGCUUGCCUGAGAUAUACGUUAAUGAUGGUAAGGGAGAGAAAUUGGAAAGUGAGGAUUACCAAACCCCAGAACAGGUGACUGUAAACGGGGAAAUGAGUCAAAAUGAUGAUAAUACUGUUAACAUACACGAGACAGAUAACAGUGAUUGUGUGACACCACAGCAACAAAGUUCGAGUGAUGAAAGUAACCAAAAUAAAGAAACAUCAGGUGUAGAGAAAAGUGAAAGUGUGGAGACAGAUGGAGUAACGGCUGUGAGUGAUAAAGAAAUAACCCAAAACCAAAAUUGCUCUGAUAAAGAAUGUGUUGAAACUGACGGUGCUCAAAGUAUAUCAGAGUCAUGCAAGGAGGUCCAAAAUCAGGAAUCUAUAGAUCCAGAGCUUAUUGAAAACAGCACGCUAGAAGUAUCAAAUGCGAACGAGACAAGCCUAGAAGACAAAAAAGCUGAUGUUGAUCAUGUAGCUGAUGAAGAUGCAGAGGAAAAAACUAGAGUGAGUGAUGAAAAAGUAGUAAAUGUGAGUGCAGAAGAGGAAAAACAAGAUGAAGAAACUACCGAUAUAGUUAUACAAAAUGAGAGUGCACCUGAAGUGGGUGAAAAAAAUGAAAAAGAGAAAGAUAAAGAAGUGAAUGAAAGUAAAGGAACUACGCAUUUAGAUCACAUAGUCAGCAACAGUAAUCCUGAAAUAGAAAUUAUUGAUGAGAAAAUUGAAGAGUUUCCUUCCUUAGAAAAAAAUAGUUUGAACCAGAGCUCAGUUAAUCUGAAAGAAAAACGAUCAACUCCCAAUGAUGGAAGUGGAAAGGAGUCAAGUGAAAGACUUUCCAUCACAAAUUCUGAAGAUCACACAAAGCCUCAAACCAAACUUUCUGUUAGUAGUAACCAGGAUAAUGAUACUGGACAAAAAAGUGAAAAUGAGUUAUCAGCUUCUGCUAAAAAAAAUUGUGCUAAUAAAUGUGUAAAAAGAUCAGCAAUGGAGAUUGAAUCAACAUUAGCCAGUCGAGGUGUAACCAUUGUGAGGAGGAUUGUUGAUAAUGCAGAGACAGUUGGCAAAACAAAGAAUGAUUCCAUGCAGAAUGCCAAAAAAGAUAGGAUUAUUAACAGUAGCUCUGUAAUUACAGCAAAUCCACAGGUUUCUGUAUCAAGUGGAAAUUUUUUAUCACAGUCAGCCAACAGAUCUAUGUCAGCUAGUUAUAGCUUGAAAGGACUUGCAUCUAUCAGAAUGCAAAGGGGGUCAUCAGUUCAACACUUUUCAGGUGGACAUAUUGGUCGUUCAGUAUCAAAAGACUUCUAUAGACCCAUGAAUUCAAGAGGAGCACUUGUUCAGGCAGGUCCAAAAGCACUCCCAGUGCUUACAGAUUCAAAAGGAUCUACUCAAACAAAUUUUAGAGGUAUUACCAUACAUCCAAAUUCAAAAUAUUCUUCACAUCCAGCUUUCAGAGGAAUGGCCAUGAACUCAAAUUUAAGAUCUCCAGGAACACUAACAAAUAAUAGAGGCCUCAAAAUGGAUGAAACUCUAAAAGGACUAAGUACACAUACACCAAAAGGAUUUGUUGCACAUUCACAUCCCAGAGGGCCUUUAUUGAAUAACACUCUUGGAGGGGCUGCUAAGCAGGCAAACCUUAGAGGAAAUGCAGUGACCACUGACUCCAGGGGACUGCAUGGAUAUCUGAAUACUAAAGAAUCAUUAAGAUACACAACUCCGAAAGGACCCACACAGAGACCUAAUUCGGUUGGUAUGCCUCCUCAAUCCAAAUCAGCUGUUUUUUCUCCUCGUAUUAGACAAGUUACACCACAGCAGUCAAGGCCUGUAGAAAAUCAGUCACAACUACAUUCUCUAGGACCUAAUCGCUCAAAGUCUGUCGAUGUAUCUUUGUUGUCUAGGUCAAAAGAAAUUUCUCCUCAGUUGGGAUCUGACAUGUCUCCACAUGCACAAUCCACAACAAUGUCUCCACAGUCAAGACCUGCCGAGAUGUCUCCACAGUCUCGCACAGCAAAAAUGUCACCACAGUCACAAUCUGUUGAUGUGUCUCCACAGUUCAGGACAGUUGACUUGCUAUCGCAGUCUAAAUCUAAUGAAAUGGGUUUGUCAAGGCCUGUUGACACAGUUGUAUCUCCACAGUCUAGAUCAUCAGAUGUAUCACCUCAAUCUAGGUCUGCUCAAUUUUCUCCCCAAUCUAUCCAUACAGGAAUUCAUCCACAUUCAAGGUAUACAGGGAUGUCUCCCCAAUCUGGGAUGGCAGACUUGUCACCACAAUCAAGAUCUUUAGGAAUGAUUCCUCACUCAAGCUCUGCUGAUGUAUCUCCCCAGUCAAGGUCUGGCAUUCCUUCUCAGUCUGGACUUCCUACACAAUCGGUCACUACUACCUCCACUGGACAAUCUUCACAGAUGAAUUUAAUGGGAGUCUCUCCACAGUCCAAUAUUAUAGGACCCCUGCAAGAAUCAAGUAAUGAGAGACUUGCACCACGCACUAGUUCAGCGGCUCUCCUAUCUCAAGCUAACUCCCUGGGAAUCUCUUCACACAUGAUCAGUUCUGAUAGAUUCUCUGCAAGUACUACCUCUAAUGAGUUCCCUGCACUCCCAGCUUCUUCAGGAUUUAUUGGGUGUUCUAGCAAUGAAGCAUUCCCAACUUACAACAAUUCAGGGGAGUUUUCCUCUCAUACUAAUAAUAAUGAAUACUCUCCUCAAAUAAGCUCUGGAGGGUUUAACAUGCAUUCCAAUUCAGGAGGAUUUUCCAUGCAGUCUAACCUUGUAGGAUUUCCAACACAGACUAAUUCAUGUGGAUUUCCUCAGCAUGCCAGUUCUGGAGAAUACUCAUCCCGUAAUCCUGUAGGAAUCAUUGGACAGACAAACUCAGAGGGGUUCAGUACACAUUCAAGUUGUGGCAAUUUCCCUACUCAAAUAAAUUCUGGAGGAUAUACCCCUCAUUCAAGUAGUGGGCCAUAUAAUGCUCAGACAAACUCUGGGGAAUUUCGUGAAAAUUCUAUUGACAUGAUGAUGUAUCAUGCAUCAAGAGAUUUCUCUAUGCAUGCUAACAACAGAGAAUUUUCUGGUUAUAGUACCCCCAAUCAUUUGCCUAUGAAUCAUAGCUCCAGAGAGUUGUUGCAAAAUUGCAACCAAGGAUUGCCUUUGCCUUCAAAUACUGGUACUCCUUCAAUAAAUUCUGUCCUAGGAGAACAGUACCCACAGUCAAACUAUGGUGACUCGCUUGUUCAUCCUGGCUAUAGAGAGGCAUCUUUACAUUCCAGAGUCACCCCUGGAGAAGUUCCAGUGCUUCCUGAUUUCAGAGAAUCAUCCUUACGACAUUCAUACAGAGAUCCUUCUGGACCUCCCAGUUACAGUAAUUUUAGAGAGUCCAGUUCACAGGAUAAUUCAAGAGGUUCACAAUCGCAUAGCUAUAGAGAUAUGCCUUUGCAUUCUAACAUGGGUGAACUCCAGGCUCAUACAAGCACCAGAGAACAAAACCCUCAUGCCAGUUUUAAAGAACAAUCUGGCUCUGCUGGAUACAGAGGACAAAAUAUUUUAGGCAGUUACAUGGAGUCAUCAGCAAUUCCCAACUUCAGAGAAACUCUGAACCUUGGUAACUGCAGAGAACAGCCUCUUUCAAACUUCAGAGAAACUGUAAAUCACUCCAGCCCCAGAGAGCAAGUUCUUCCAAGUUACAGAGAGAAUAUAAGUCAUACUAGUCCCAGAGAACCAAUUCUUCCAUCUUUUGGGGAGCCUAUCAGUCAUCCUAGCCCUGGAGAGCAAGUUAUUCCAAAUGUUAGGGAAUCUUUAAACCAUACAAGCCCUAGAGAACAAAUUCUUCCUUCUUUUGGAGAUCCUGUCAGCAAUUCUAGUCCUAGAGAGCAAGCCCUUCCAAGCUUCCGAGAACCUGUAAACCAUGCUAGCCCUAGUACUGAAGUUCUUCCCUGCUUUCAAGAACCUGGUACCCAUUCCAGCCCUAGAGAGCAAGUUCUUCCUUCCUUCAGAGAAAAUGUAAGCCAUACUAGCCCAAGAGAACAAAUUCUUCCAAGUUUUCAGGAAACUGUAAACAGUACCACUCCAAAACAGCCAUAUAUCCCAACUUUCAGAGAUCCAGAUACCUACAACAGUUUUACAGAUUCAAUAAAUCCUAAUAGCUCUUGUGAACAAACUAUUAAUCCUAACUCUAAAGAAAUGCUUAAUUUUACAACAGGUUGUAGACAACCAAAUGUUUCUAAUUUAGUUUGCACUGAUAAACCAGUAGAAGAUAAUGGUUACAGAGAAUCUCAAACUGUUCCAAAUUUCAGAGUCAAUUCUCAGCAUAUGAAUCUUGAUGAGCCACCCAUUGACCUAAAAUACAUGGAAGCAAGCCUUGCUAACAGCUAUACAAAAUCAUCAGCCCUUCCUAGUUUUACUGAAUCCUUUGAGCACACUAGUCCCAAUGACUUACUUAGAAAAAAUGAUAACACCAGUCUAGGACUCCCGAGUUUUAGAGAUUCGUCCCAUUACUGUACCCCAAGAAAUGUGUCUGAUUGUGACAGCUUCAGAGAAUCUUCUCUAUCUCCAAGCUCAAGAUCACCUGGAUAUACAAAUACAAGAAAUUCUUGUGCUUCUUGGCAAACUGGGGAGCUGCUCUCAUAUUCAGAUACUGGAGAAUCGCCUAUUUACUCAUGUACAAAUGAUUCUAGUGAUUCUCCAGUAAGAGAGAGUGCUAUUUGUAACAGGAGUGAAUCCCUUGAAUGUUUAAGUUCAGUAUAUUCUUCAGCAAACCUUGAUGCAAAAAAUGCUGAUGUUCAAGUCAGGAGUAGAGAUUCAGACAUUCUUUCUGCCAAUAGAGAUGGCUAUCUGCCAGAGAAAUCUCUGAUUCAAAAUACUGAUGUUGCACGGGCUUAUCAUGAUGCAACAAACUCUCCAGAUUACUCAGGUGUGAUAGAAUCUGUUCCUCAUGGUAUGGGUGAGUCUUAUCUUGAUUCAGGUACAGAAAUAUCUGUUCACUCUGGUACAAAUCAUUCUACCCAAUUGUGUGAAGAUUUGCCACAAAGCUUAAGAGAUUUGCCUAUGGAAUCUGCUUCUUUGAGUCCUACAGAUCUUCCCAGAGAUUUUGAAGAAACAGAGUUGUCCAAUCAGGAGUUAACUUCACUGGAUGCUAUUCCAAAGGAGUUUUGUGAAACUGCUCCUUCAAGUCCAACACCUCGGCACCUAAAUAAAUCUCCAGUACAUUCAAAAUGUGUUACAUCACCUGUAGAUAAUAGUUCUCUUGGAUCUCCCAGCUGCUCUGAUUCUUUAGGGUCCCCUGAGAAACUUUCUUCAGUAGUUUCUUCUAUAAAAUCUGACUCGGGAGCUUCUCCUAGUUCUCAGGAAAGAAUAGUUAUAAAAAUGAAAUUACUUCAUAGUGAUUUAGGAAGUGAAAAUGACAGACAUAAUAGUACAGAAAAUGCAAGCAUUACUGAAUUGAGAUUAGAUAGCAGGAAUUCAGUGAAAUAUCCUAUGGCAAAAUAUACCCGCUGGACAAUAGACAGCAUAAUAAAUGGUAGAGAGGAUAUGUGUAGUGAAGAAGGGUCAGAUAAAGUUUGUAAGGAUGAUGAACAAAAGAUAGUAAAAGAAGAAUUACAUUUAAAAGAAGAUGGCAAAACUUCUUUAUCUUCAAGCCCUAAAAGGAUAAAUAAACGAAGAAGCUCUGAGAUGUGUAGCGAGUCAAAAGACCCUAAACUAGAUACAAACAAGAAUUUUAUGAAAAAAACACUUAGAAUUACAAUUUCUAAUCCAUUACGAACCAGAGUUUCAACAGUCGAUGAUUGUGUAGAUGUAAAACUAAAAGAAAAUGAUGAUAGCACAGUAGUGAAGUGUGAAAGAUUUCCAGAGAAGAGAAAUGAAAUCGUGCAGCCAGUCACAGUCAGCAUAGUGCGUAAGAGUAGUAGGUUGCAAAAAGAGUCUCAAAGUCAAACUCCUUUGUGUUCAACUAGAAAAUUGAAAGGUAGACACUUGAAAUCUCCAUCACCAGCUCCAAGUAUUGAAAGUUUUGCCAGCUCAACUAGUGCCUCACGUGCAUCCUGCGAUAGUAGGAGGUGUAGUCAGAGUAGCGAGACUUCAGCAUCAUCAGUGACAAGUAUACUUAGUGAAGGUAGUGAUCAUUCAGUUGUUGCUGAGAUGAAGAAGUGUAGUAUUGUCAUUAAACGUAUAUAUGCAACAGAUAAUUACAGCUGUUAUAGUAGUAGCUUAUGUGAUAAAAAAGUUGUGUUAAAAAACCAAGAUGUACAUUCAACAAGACCAAAACGUAAAGCAGCUAUCGAAGCCACUUUAAAAUGCCAUAAAUCUUUGAAAACGUGUGAUACAAAUGAUGCCAAAACCAAACUUCCCCUUAAUGGUGCAUUUGAUAAGGGAAAAAAUUUUGUGUCAGUGAAUGUUGAAAAAAAGACCCUGCAUAAUAAUAUUGGUAUACCUCGGUGCUCAGUUCUUUUGUAUGAUGUUUUUAUGAAUCGUCGCAUAAACAAAAUGGAGUGUCCUGGCUGUUCUCGGCACUAUGAUAGUACUGACAGUGUUCAAGUCAACAUAAAUAAAGCGACAAUAUCACUUCUUUGUUCAGCGUGUCAGUGGUUGGUGGUUAAGGAUGUUCACCCACGUGAAGUUGACUCAAUGGCUCCCAGCUGAGACAGGCUAAAGCAGUUUUGUUUAUAUUUUUGAGUUUAAAAUUUUUGAUGCAUGGGACAUGAGAUUUAAGAAAAUGAGAAUUCAUACAUGUAGCAUAAAAUGUUAUUUGUGUGGCUGCUAUAUUUUGAGCAAGUGUUUCAUUAAGUACAAGUUUGCAUUGUUAAAGAUGCAUCACCCCCUAAUAAUGUGCAACUUACAAACUACAUACUAUAUACUUCUCAUCACAGUAAGGCCUAGUCAGUCACUUUUUUAAUAUUGAACCUUGCUGAAUAUGCGGAUUUGUAAUUAGACCCAAGUACACAAAUUAAGGGAUAAAGAAUUUGAUAGCUGUGUGGAUUAAGCUUUCUUGGUGCUUAUUUAUUGUAGUACAGAUCUGUUAUAUUUUAAUUAUUGUAUAUAAAUGAAUGGAAAGCACUUACUGCACAACUUUACAGGCUGUCCUACUUAAGGAGUUGUGGCUUGGACUCUUUAUUCUUGAAUGUAAAUUUUUUUUUGUUUUGAGAUGGAAUAUUGAAGUAGUUUGUGUAAUGACCUGAGCACUUGUAUUUUUGCCUGCAUAGAGGUAUAAAACCAAUCAUUGGAAGAGGUGAUUAUAUUCAGCUAUUUCUGCUCUUGGAUUCUUUUCAUAUUAUGGCACAAUAUCAUAUUCUCAAUCCCUUUUUUAUACAUGUAAUACACAGCAAAAUAUGCUGUGGAACUGUCAUGAACAUAAGCUCAGUAUUUUAAGCGUUUUAUUUUUUCUGUGUUCUGGUUUCAUAAAGCAAUGGAUGUGAAAUUUAACUAUGAUAGAAUCCUUUGUGUUGUCUUUAUUUUACAUUUACAAGAGAACAGGUAACAAAACUAGAUACACUAGUAUAUACCUGGUGGGCAGCAAGGUAAGUCAGGUUACAGAUGCAGUAUUGUGGAGUAGUUUUAAUUAUUUACAUGUAAAUUUUGCACAUAUGUAUAUCAGUAAAUACUGUAGUGUCCUUUGGAGGUGCUGGCAGAAGUGUGCAUAUUUUGCAGAGUGAGAUUGAAAUCUCUUUGAACUUGUCCAUGAAAGAAUUACUGUAUUGUUAUAUAAAAUACUUCGUCAUUCAAGUUGUAAAUAUUAACCAUUGGUUAAACAUACCUUCAUUUAUCUUUUGUCUCUAGUGUAAAACCUGUUUAUUUAAGAAGUUUAUAAUGCAUUUCUUCAGCUAAAUACUGUACGUAUUUAAAAGGUUAAAUGGUGUCUAUUUUUGAUGCUUUUUGUAUUUUAUUCGUUUAUUUAUUACUGUAAUUGCUGUUAUUUUGUUCUAUGGGAAUUUAUUGUAUAAAAUAAUUAUGAAUUUGAUACUCAAGUAAAGAGUUAAAAAAAAAUUGCUAAGUUAUUUGAGCAUUGUUUCAUAUUAUGUUGUCUUGUGAAAUAUUUAAGAGCUAUAUUUUGGCAGAGAAUACUGUAGGUUAAAAGUUAAUACAGUGAUACCUUGACUUACGAGUGCCCCAACUUACUGAGUUACGAGCCGUUGCUCAGUCGAUUUUAUGCUUUGAGUUGCAAGCCAAAAUCCGAGUUACAAGCGAGCUUCAGAUAUGCCGCCACUCACAAGACAUGCUGAGGAAAUAUCAAAAACCUCAAUACUAACCAAUGUGUAACAUCCUUUCAAUUUUGAUACCACUGGUAGUGUCAUCCUGCUAGAAUGUUCUAUAACGUAUGCCCUAAGUAAAGAGAAAUUAUUCUGGAACAUGUAAUACAUGCUCGGCAGGCCAGUGGGUUGGGUGGCCAGCUGGUUGGCUGGCUGCUUUGCUUCGGCUGUCUCUAUCUCCUCCUGUCUGUCUGUAUGUAUCUCUUUCUAUCUGUGUGUCUAGCUCACAGGUACACACAAAUACAUGUACAGUUAUACAUAGUGUAAAUUACCUAGUAUGACAUGAUGACUCUGCAUCAUGUGUAAUAUCUGUUGGUUCAUGAGCAGCUCUCUCUUUCAGACAGAGAGACAAGAAGGCAGAAACACAAGUAGACAGUAAGACAGGUAAGCAGAGACAAACAUAGAGCUAGACAGACAAAUAGACAGAAACAGAUAGGCAGACAGAGAUGUUUAUGUGUAACAGUGAAAAAUAAAGCCAAAGCAGUGCACGAUUAUCAAAUGUCACUCCACUGCUGCACUGUCAGCAGUGGAGUGACACUCAUCUUACACUGUUCUUCGAGGAGUUUCAUAAAUACUCCAGCAUUUCUAAAACAUUGCUGGGACCUGGCAAAAAAGGCAAAAAUCAUUCCUUAUUUAUAAAUACAUUUUUCUUAUAUAAAAACCCGUAACAAAAAAAUUGAGGUGGUUUUUUUGGGGGGCUGCAACGGGUUAAUGGCAUUUCAAUUAAUUUCCAUGAGGAAAAUUGAUUUGAUAUACAAGAAAAUUGAGUUAUGAGCUUGGUCAUGGAAUGAAUUAAACUCUUAAGUCAAGAUACCACUGUACUAUGGCAUAGUACUACUGUACACACUAAAUACAAGAAAGGAUUACCCUAACAGUAUAUAAGGUCAGGAAGAAGUAAUUUUUAAAACUGGUUGUUACUGUGAUGUACUAAAUGCAUUGAACUACAUGAGAAUAUCCUACUUGCAGAGUGACUCAAGAAAUCGUAAUAGCACAAUUGCAAACAAACCAUGGUACGGGUGAGGUUAGAACCCAUGGGGGAGAUUCAUCUGUAAAAUGUUGCAUUUGUGGUCACAGUGGGGCCCAUGCUAACUUCCCUAUGGUGCAUAAACAUAUCUAGAUGGAUGAAUCAUCUUAUAGCCAGCUGGCCCAGUGGCUUAUGCACUGGCUUGGAGUUUUAUGACUCAAUUGCCAUGGGUUCUGACUCCACCCGUAUGGUGGUUUGUCUGCUUGCAGAGGUUUAAGAGAUCAAGAAAAAGGGCAG